AUGGAGUUGGUGUGCAGGCCGUGCCCGGACGACUACGUAAAGCAUUUUGAGCGAUAUGCCACCAGCGUAAGCAUCAUUGGCUUCGGAAGACGAGUCGAAAGUAAUGAGGACCCGAUCAUCACAGAAGUGAUCGCUGUCAUGCAACUAGCAGCGGAGCUUAAUGUCCCUGGCAAGAAGUUUCCGAUGCUGAUGGAGACGUUCCCGUUCCUGGCCAGAUUCCCCAACGCCAUUGCUCCUUGGAAACACGGUCUCGGAAGCAAAAGAGGACGCGGGUUCUUCUAUGCGCUGGCCGAAGAGGCAGCCACAAAGCCUGGCCACGAGGAUUCCUUUGUCAAGCACCUCUUCGCAGCAAGGGACAAGUACACCCUCGACGAUGAAGAGAUUUCAUCGCUUAGCGGAAACCUCUUUGGUGCUGGGUCCGAUACCAGCAGCUCCACCUUGAUCACUUUCGUCCUGGCUUGCUGUGCCUUCCCUGAGGCUUUGGUACCGGCUUACGAGGAGCUUGACCGUGUCGUUGGGCCUUAUCGGAGCCCGCACUUCGAUGAUCAGCCCAACUUGCCCUACGUCAAUGCACUCGUCAAAGAGGUUCUCAGAUGGAGGCUCCUGUGGGGUUUCCACAUCCAGAAGAAAAGACAGCCAGACGGGAGUCUCCUCGAGGUGGAUAUCUUCAACUACACAAACGGGCUUAACAUGCGCCCUCGGCCCUUCGAGUGUAGCAUUGAGCCGAGAACGGAGGAAAUCCGGCAGACAAUCAUUCGUGAGGGUCGACAAGCUCUGCAGGACCUGCAGCAAUACAGCGGCGAGACUAAGUAUAGAAUGUCGACAUUUUACCAGCGUAAUGACCUAGCUAUGAAGUUGUUUGGAGACGGUGUGAAAUAG